AUGUUGAUUCCAAACCCUCAUAAGGAAGGUGAUGACCUGGAUUUGACCUGCACAGCAGACAGCAAUCCCAGUUCACCACAGACAUUCAAGUGGAUCUAUGGAAGAUAUGUGAUGAAUGGUGGAAACCGUUCAAAUUUGAGAUUAACAAACCUAAACAGAACUGAUCACGGCCAGUACAAAUGUGAGGUAACAGUCUCUGCUGGUCCCUACAGGAAUCUGACAAACUCGAGUAACAUCCAAGUUGUUGUGAACUAUGCUCCUGAUGUCACCCUCACGUCUUUGAAUUCCACUGAAAAUAAGUCACCAAGUAUAACAUGCUCUGCUGAUGGUCGCCCGAGCAACAUGAACUUCACAAGUUUCAGCCAUUACUGGAAUGACAUGUUUAUCCGAUAUGUACCCGCCACACCUGUUGGACGCAACGAAACCAGACUGACAUUUAAUCGUGCUACAUAUGAAGACAGUGGGACGUACCACUGUGCUGUUGAUAAUGGAGUUCCAGAUAGGUCAGGACAUAUAUCACAGACAGCAACCAGUGAUGUUUACAUCGAAG